AUGGCUUCAGAACCUAGGCCAAGAAAUAUUGUGAUAGUGGGCGGCGGAAUUAUAGGUUGUACUUGCAGCUAUUUCCUCACCAGACACCCCUCCUUCGACCCCUCCAUUCACAAGAUCACGAUAAUUGAGGCCACUGCCAUCGCAUCUGGAGCGUCAGGGAAGGCCGGAGGGCUACUAGCACUAUGGGCAUACCCUGCGAACAUCGUCAAGUUAUCGUAUCAAUUGCAUGCUGAGUUGGCGCAAAAGCAUGAUGGUGCAAAGAGGUGGGGUUACAGAGCUGUGCACUGUGGCUCCUUGAGAGCUAAGGGGCGGAUAUUCGGAGAUGCAGAUGGAAAGACAGUUGGAAAUAAUGGAGAGGAAUGGAAGAAAUUGCCAAAGACGGACAAUAAGAAAGCCAAAUCAAUCGCGGCUGGUAUACCAAAGGACUUGGAUUGGUUUGACGCCGAAGCAGUGAAAGGCUAUUCGGAGAUGGGCACACCCUCGACAACUGCACAGGUCCAUCCUUAUCAAUUCACGACGUCGAUGGCGGAUUUGGCAAAGGAAGCGGGUGCGAAGAUCAUCCUUGGGUCAGUGACAGCUGUUGAUUCUUUCGGUGAUGGUGUGAAGGGUGUCACCUACGAGGACAAGGACACAAAGCAUAUCCACACAUUGCCAGCGACGGAUGUGAUAUUAGCGGCUGGACCAUGGACUUCUCACGUAUAUCCCGAGGCCCCAAUCGAGGCCAUGAGAGCGCACAGUGUGGUGAUCAAGGCGGAUGUUACUCCUUACGCCGUGUUCAGCGAGAUUGAUCUACCGAAGGACUUUGGCAGAACUGGGGGAGGAGAUGUAAAAAAGAAGCGGCAUGGUCUAAGUGUCUCUCCAGAAAUGUAUGCUCGUCCAGAUGGUACAGUCUAUGCUUGUGGCGAGGGAGACACUCUCAUCCCACUGCCAAAAACCAGUGAUCUCGUUGUCUGUGAUGAAGAUCGAUGUCAAGAUAUCAUCGACUACUGUGUUUCAAUAUCAACUCCUAUGCGAGAAGGAGACGUGCUCGCAAGACAAGCUUGUUACCUUCCUUCGGUAGCAGGCGGAGGUGGCCCUCUUAUUGGAGAAACUGGUACCAAAGGGCUGUUCAUGGCGACUGGUCAUACAUGCUGGGGCAUUCAGAACAGUUGUGCUACUGGCAAGCUAAUCAGUGAGUUUGUGUUUGAUGGUAAGGCGAAGAGUGCAAAAAUAGAUAGCCUGGAUCCUAGACGAUUUCUCUAA